AAAAAUUACAUUAAAAAAAAAAAAAAAAAAAAAAACAGGAUGGGUUCCAAGGUGAUUCAAGCUGCAUUGAUUUUUUUCUAUGUGGCAUAUCUUGUAGCAACAGUGCAGGGUGUUGAAGUUAGCGUUAAAAAAUCCGGUGCAAAAGGCGACGGGAAGUGCGAUGAUGCUCCGGCUUUUAAGAAAGCUUGGGGUGAGGUAUGCAAAGCGGCGGCGUCGAGCACGCUAAAAGUUCCGGCCGGCAAGUAUAUGGUGGGUCAGAUUGGGUUUCUAGGUCCUUGUAAGAGUGCCAUAACAUUUGAUGCGGGAGACGCCACUUUUAUCGCGCCAACCGACCCCACUGCGUUCAAAACAAAAGACGGAUGGAUUUUGUUCAGCAUGGUUAAAGACUUGACGGUCACCGGCGGCACUUUCGACGGUCGGGGUUCCGCUGCCUGGAAGAUAAACAACUGUAACAAGAAUUUCAACGGAAACUGUAAAAACCUCCCCAUUAACCUCAACUUUGGUACGUUGACGAACGGGGUGGUGAAAGGAGUAACGUCGGUGGACAGCAAGUUUUUCCACAUGAAUGUGAUACAGGCCAAGAACCUAACGUUGAGCAAAAUCACUAUCAAGGCGCCGGGGGAUAGCGCCAACACCGACGGAAUCCACAUCGGCCGUUCCCAUGGGGUUACCGUCGAUGGUGCUGAAAUUAAAACCGGCGAUGACUGUAUCUCCUUCGGGGACGGUUGCCAGAAUGUGACUGUCGAAAAUGUGAAGUGCGGCCCUGGCCACGGAAUCAGUAUUGGAAGCUUAGGAAGAUACCCUAACGAACAACCGGUGAUGGGAGUGACGGUGAAGCACUGCAAACUCUCCAAUACUCUCAACGGCGUUAGGAUCAAGACGUGGCCGGCGUCUCCGAACGGCGUCGCCUCCGGCAUGCACUUCGAAGAUGUGACGAUGGACAACGUCAGCAACCCAAUCUUGAUCGAUCAGCAAUACUGUCCCUGGAAUCAAUGCAAGACCGGCGUUCCGUCGAAAAUAAAGAUCAGUGACGUUAGCUUCAAGGAGAUAAAGGGGACGUCGGCGACAAAGGUGGCAGUGAAAUUACUGUGCAGCUCCGGAGUACCGUGCAACAAAGUAGUGCUGAGCGGGGUGAAGUUGGAAUACAAAGGAACCAACGGCAGCGCCAUAUCGGAAUGUGAUAACUUGAAGCCAACACUCUCCGGCAAAAAUUCCCCUGCAAUUUGUGAUGCCUCUAAAAAAGGUGCCCCUGAAGGUGCCCCUGCCCCAGGUGCCCCUGCCCCUGCCCCUAAAAAAGAUGCCCCUGCCCCUAAAAAAGCUUAGCUUAAUCACUCUGUGUAAUCCCGUCUCUAAUUAGAAUUAGACUUAAUUACGUGUUUGUAAAUAAAUAGCUUAGAUCGACCAAGGACCUUGUAGUCCAAUGAUAUCACGUUGCUCCCCUAUAUGGGAAGUGAUAGGUUCAAUAACUUAGAUCAGUGUGCACUGCACGGGGUCGUGUUUUUUAUAUAUGCAGUUGAAAGGUGAAAUUCUUUUUUUUUUUUUUAGUAGUAGUACAAUGUUCUAUUUGUCUUGUACUUUAUAUUUCAUUCAGU